CCGGUUUCCGAGGGACGCAAUGACGUAAUGACGUAUAGGCAGGGUCUUUGUACGUCAGGUACGCCCAUUUGCCCUUUGUAGACACGCCCCUUUCAGCUGCAAUGAGAGCAACGUCCUGAUCUGACAGCGGAAAAACGGCUUGCCGAGGCAUUCUGCUGAAUUGCACGGUGCCAUUUCAGCAUUAAGCAGUGAAGAUGUCGCGGGCUAAACAGAUCCGAGUGCUAGUCCUCAAUGACAGGGAGAACCUGGACAGGACCCUGUUCCGUUUGGAACAAGGUUUUGGGUUGCACUUUCAACUGGGGCCGACUCUUCAGGGGAAGCAGGUCCACGUUCACGUCAACUACCCGGCCGAGGGAGAGCGUUUCGACCGCCACAGAUUCCGCACCCUCGAGUGGGUGAAUCCCACCGGCAGAGAGGACGACUCGGACAAGUUCUGUGCCCUCAAGAUGCACAUCGCCGGCUCUUACCAGUAUUACUUCGGCCAUGGCGAUGAGGAGAAGGUUGGAGGCGGAUAUGUGGUGGUGGAUCCGAUGCUCCGCGUCGGUGCUGAUAAUCACGUCUUACCUUUAGACUGCAUCAGCAUCCAGACGUAUCUGGCUAAAUGUCUCGGCCCUCUGGAUGAAUGGCUCGACCGGCUCAGGGUGGCCAAAGAGUCGGGUUAUAACAUGAUCCACUUCACACCGCUGCAGAUGCUGGGCGAGUCGCGCUCCUGCUACUCUCUGGCGGAUCAGCUGAAGCUGAACCCCGACUUCUCUCCUCCGGGCAAGAGCUACAACUGGAGCGACGUAGGCAACCUGGUGGAGAAGAUGAAGAACGAGUGGAACAUGCUUUGCAUUACUGAUGUUGUUUACAACCAUACAGCUGCGAGCAGUGUGUGGAUCCAGGAACACCCCGAGUGUGGCUAUAACCUGGUGAACUCACCCCACCUGAGGCCUGCGUGGGUGCUGGACAGAGCGCUGUGGCACAUCACCUGCGACAUCGCUGACGGGAAAUACACCGAGCGUGGAAUCCCAGCCCUCAUACGCAAUGAACAACACCUCAGUGCCAUCCGUGGGAUCUUCCAGCAGGAUGUGUUUCCUGAGAUUAAACUGUGGGAGUUCUUCCAGGUCAAAGUUGAGCCAAUAGUGGAGCAGUUCAGGACUUUACUCCAAACUGGGGCCAAACCUGACAGAAGCAAAAUGGACAGCAAGAAGCAGUUCAGGAUCAUCCAGGACCCUCAGUACAGACGCUUCAGGAGCUCAGUGGACUUAAAUUUAGCCCUGGAGCUCUUUGUGCCCAACGGGAACAGUCCAGGAGCCAUAGAGGACUGCUGUAACUGGUUCAGGAAGAAGCUGGAGGAGCUGAAUGGAGAACAGUAUCGAGAAAUCAGCUAUCAUCAGGAGCAGGCUGUCAGCUGUUCCAUCGGAACCGUGUCUUAUGAGCGCCUGGCAGACCACGGCCCCAAACUCGGCCCUGUCACCAGAAAACAUCCACUGGUUACAAGGUAUUUCACGUUCCCAUUUGAGGCUCUAUCUCUGGAGCAGGACCUUCUGCUCAUGGACCAGCCGGACAAAGCGUGUCACUUCCUGGCCCACAAUGGCUGGGUGAUGGGCGACGAUCCACUGAGGAACUUUGCAGAACCAGGCUCUAACGUGUACAUCAGGCGAGAGCUGAUCUGUUGGGGAGACAGUGUGAAGCUUCGAUACGGCAGUAAGCCUGAGGACUGUCCAUAUCUGUGGGCUCACAUGCAGAAAUACACAGAGAUCACGGCUACAUACUUCACCGGAGUCCGUCUCGACAACUGCCACUCCACACCGCUACACGUAGCCGAGUUCAUGUUGGCUGCAGCACGCUCCAUCAGACCCGACCUGUACGUGGUGGCUGAGCUCUUCACAGGCAGCGAGGAGCUCGACAAUGUGUUUGUCACUAGACUAGGCAUCUCCUCCCUUAUCAGAGAGGCGAUGAGUGCCGGAGACAGUCACGAGGAGGGGAGAUUGGUGUACCGUUAUGGUGGAGAGCCUGUAGGAGCCUUCUUGCAGCCGAGCCUCCGUCCUCUGGUGCCCAGCAUCGCCCACGCCAUGUUCCUGGACAUCACACACGACAACGAAUGCCCCAUCCAGAUCCGCUCUGCGUUCGACUCCUUGCCUAGCUCUGCUAUCGUCUCUAUGGCCUGCUGUGCCACAGGCAGCACUCGAGGCUAUGACGAGCUCGUACCUCAUCAGAUCUCAGUGGUGUCCGAGGAGCGCUUUUAUCAGAAGUGGAACCUGCAGGCCAAGCAGCCCAGACCCGGGGAGGUCAGUCUACAGACGGGCAUCAUCGCCGGCAAACUGGCUCUGAACCGCCUGCACCAGGAGCUCGCAGCUAACGGCUUCAACCAGGUGUUUGUGGAUCAGGUGGAUGAAGACAUUGUUGCUGUGACUCGUCACUCUCCGAGUUCACACCAGUCUGUCGUGGCUGUGUGUCGCACCGCCUUCCGCAACCCCAAACACCACCAAUACUCAGUCGAGGUUCCACCCAUGUUCAUCCCAGGUAAGAUAGAGGAGGUGGUGUUGGAGGCCCGUACAGUAGAGACUCAGGCCGGUUUUUACGAAAAAGAUGAGAAGAGCAUUAACGGCCUGCCUGAGUUCACAGUGGAGAUUAAAGAGCACAUCCAGCUGAAGGACAGCGGUGUGGUGAAGCAGGCCGGAGUGACGUCACGAGGCCGCAGCGAGUUUGUGCAGGAGAUUGUGUUCAAGCGUCUCACACCCGGCAGCGUCAUCGCUUUCAGAGUGAGUUUGGAUCCAAAGGCGCAGGAGCUUGUGGGGUUUUUGAGGAGUCACCUUGUUCAGUUUAACCCUGAGUACAAAGCAGGAAGUGUGCUGGACGAGAACGCUCCACUCAUACUGAAGACCCCACUGAGCCAGUUCGUGGAUAAACUGACUCUGGCUGAUCUGAAUGUGCUGUUGUUCCGCUGUGAUGAGGAGGAGAAGGAGGACGGAGGUGGCUGUUAUAACAUCCCUGGAUGGACAACUCUCAAGUAUGGUGGCCUGCAAGGCCUGAUUUCAGUGAUGGCUGACAUCAGACCUAAGAAUGACCUGGGCCACCCCUUCUGUGAUAACCUGAGGCAGGGAGACUGGAUGAUCGACUAUGUCAGUAACCGACUUUUGUCUCGCAGAGGAGCAAUCAGAGAGGUGGGUCAGUGGUUCGAGGCCAUGUUUGGCUACCUGAAACACAUCCCUCGCUACCUCAUCCCCUGCUACUUCGACGCCAUCCUGGUCGGAGCGUACACCAAAGCCCUAGACGCUGCCUUCAAACAGAUGUCACUCUUUGUGCAGGAUGGUUCAUCCUUCGUACGUUUGCUGGCCCUGGGUUCACUGCAGAUGUGUGGUGUGGGUCGUGUUCCUGCUCUUGCACCACUCUCUCCUGCACUGCACGAUGUCCCACGACGCACCAGUGAGAUCACCAAGCAGGAAGAACAGUACUGCGUCUCCAUGGCAGCAGGCUUGCCUCAUUUCUCCUCUGGAAUUUUCCGCUGCUGGGGCAGAGACACGUUCAUCGCCCUGCGGGGUCUCAUGCUGCUCACUGGUCGUCACCUGGAGGCCAGGAACAUCAUCCUGUCCUUUGCUGGCACUCUGAGGCACGGUCUGAUCCCCAACCUGCUCGGGGAGGGCGUAGCUGCAAGAUAUAACUGCCGUGACGCCGUGUGGUGGUGGCUGCAGUGUAUUCAGGAUUACUGCACCAUCGUGCCUGAUGGAGUGGCUAUCCUUCAGUGCCCUGUCUCCAGGAUGUACCCUACAGACGACGCCUUGCCUCAGGCACCAGGCAAUGUGGAUCAGCCUCUGUGUGACGUGAUUCAUGAAGCUCUCCAGCGCCACAUGCAGAGCAUAGAGUUUAGAGAGAGGAACGCUGGACCACAGAUCGAUCGCAACAUGAGAGACGAAGGAUUCAACAUUGUGGCCAAGGUGAAUCCAGACACGGGCUUUGUGUACGGAGGAAAUCGCUUCAACUGCGGCACGUGGAUGGAUAAGAUGGGCGAAAGUGACCGAGCUCGCAAUAAAGGGAUUCCUGCUACACCCAGGGACGGCUCAGCUGUGGAGAUCGUGGGUUUGUGUAAAUCAGCUGUGCGCUGGCUGGUGGAGCUCCAUAAGUGGGGUCUGUUCCCUUAUAGCACCAUGACCAUCCACAGAGACGGUAAACAACUCACAGUGUCCUACGAAGAGUGGAACAGAAAGAUCCAGGACAACUUUGAGAAAAUGUUCUACGUGUCUCAUGACCCCGACGACCCCAAUGAGAAACAUCCUGAGCUGGUCCAUAAGAGGGGGAUUUAUAAAGACAGCUGUGGAGCCUCAAGCCCAUGGUGCGACUACCAGCUCAGACCCAACUUCCCCAUCGCCAUGGUGGUGGCCCCCGAGUUGUUCACGGUGGAGAGGGCUUGGGAAGCUCUGAGCAUCGCUGAAGAAAAGCUGCUCGGACCACUGGGAAUGAAGACACUAGAUCCAGACGACAUGGUGUACUGUGGUGUUUACGACAACUCGCUCGACAAUGACAACUACAACGUAGCCAAAGGUUUCAACUACCACCAAGGCCCUGAAUGGCUUUGGCCAGUUGGCUAUUUCCUACGUGCCAAGUUAUAUUUCGCCAAGAAGCUUGGAAAGGAAACCUACGACAAGACGGUAUUUCUGGUGAAGAAUGUUCUCUCUCUCCAUUAUGUUCAUUUGGAAAGGUCCCCAUGGAGGGGUCUGCCAGAGCUGACGAAUGAAAACGGUCAGUACUGUGCAUUCAGCUGCGAGACUCAAGCCUGGUCCAUCGCCACGGUUCUGGAGGUCCUUCACGACCUUUAACCUUUCAGAGGCUUUUCAAAGGCUCAAGUCUUCCAGAAUAUUUUCCUAGCUUCUCGGAGCCAGCAGAAAUGUUAUACGACCGUGAAUGCACACUGUGCGGUACGAAAAUGAGCCAGUAUUUUUAACAAUGUCUGACCCUCAUUUUAACCUCCAUCUCAUUUCCCAAAUAACACAAUAUCCCUCGAGAGUCCCUUAAAUACAGAAUUAAAGUAGAUCUUUCUCUAAUGGGUCUGAAUUCAAGGCUGUAGGUCCUGGUGCUGUGUCUAUAACUGUGUGUUACUGUAUGCUAGCAUGCUAGCGUCUGAUGUAUUGUCAUUAGUUUACAUAGUCUGUGAACUGCUGUUGUGUGUUUUUGUCUUAUAUGUGAAAAGAAAUGAGAGCGUUUAAAGAUUUUCAUGUCGUAGAAUCAUGUUGUGGUUCAGGUAUACAGCAUCAUGAGAAACAGUUCAGAAAAACUAGUAAAAGAAAUAAAUCCCUGUCUAAGCGA